AGACUACGCCAAACUAAAAAAAGAUUCGAAGUGGCUGGUUGUUGAAAUCUAUUACUUUACCUCUUUGGGAAGUUACACAACCCCGUCCUUCACUCACAGCACUGUUGAGUAUAAAGAUCAUGGGAUCAGCUAUGCUGAGUGUAGCCUUGUGCUGGGAUGGAUCAUUUUUACCCCCUUUUUUCUUCCUUUUGAUCCAUCACAGCUAACUAUCUCCAUUCGUUACGUCUGCUUUAAUGAACGAGAUGGAAUCAUUACAACGAACAGCAACAUACGACGGUCCACAGAUGGGAUUCCAGUUCCCAUACUCCGAAUCUGGCCAUGGUGAGAGUCACCAAGGUAGUGGGUCCCUACCUGCACCAGUAAUGAUGUCUUAUUAUCAAACUGGAGGUGAUAGUUCAUUUUCCGCACACUCCUUUAUUGAUUUCAGCGAUGUAUCUGUAUCCAACCAUGAUCAAUCACAGGCCAAUUUCUCAUUUGAUAACUCCAUUGAUGUUUCGAUUCCAACACAGUCAAAUACAAGCUAUCAGAUCACACACGGCUCCCGCUCUGUCGCUACAACUAGUCUUGGAAGGGAGGAUUCCACAAUCAAGAGAAUGAAGCUGAGUAGAGAUUUGACUAAAUCAAGCAUCAAGCGUACAGCAUCUGUGAAGAGACAGUCGUCUCUCAGAAUACCACAAUCCAGAGUGAGUUCGAACAGAGCAGCUAGAAGUGAGGAUGAGUCGUUGUACGAAAAGACAUCUCUGAAGAGAUCAAAGGCAAUCAAGUACAAAAUAGGCUGGUUAUCGAAACUGCGUGCUCUUGGAGUCAAGAUCAAGAACAGGGUUAAGAACUGGAGGUUCAUUUCAGUCAAGAAAGCCUUCAACUUUAGACAAAGAAGUUUGAAGAAGAAAUCUCGCACAAAGAUCUCCAUGCCAUUGGAAAGGGAAAGAGCGCAGAGCAUAUCAGAGUUGAGAAUGGCAAUUGACAACGCACCAGACUCCAAGUUCCAUUAUUCAGGACUGCCAGUUGCACCUGUUUAUAGAGCUGUUGCGGAUGUCUCUGACACGAAUGAUCUUAUCGAGACCAAAAGACCACCACCAGUACCAAGACACCGUAUUGCAUCUACUGCCAGUAUGCAAAUGUUGAUCGACCAAGAAAACAAGCUGCAACGUGAAACUACGAACAAGGUUCUUUUGGAACCUAUGGAUCAGCAGCAUACUGCCUACAAUGCUGAACAAGACUACCCAGCACAUCCUGCUGUAGUUUAUGACGAUAGCGUCGAACGUGAAGUUGCACCGGGUCUUGACAGUGACAACGAAGAAGAUAAGGAUGACUACGAUGAAGAAGACGACGAGCUUCUCCAGGAACUCAUCAUCGAGAAGUGGAAAAAUUAUCUCAGAAGAGUUGUUGCUGAGAGGAUCGAGUACAAGCUAGAGGCUUAUAGACUCUCGUUGAUCCCAAUACCAAGUCUCGUCAACCAUGAAGACGACACUGCAUCCAUGAAGUCAACCUCUGACUUCGAAAUGGACGACAGUGAUCUACACUCGUUGGCAUCUACGUCCGCAUCUAGUGCAGAAUACUCAUCAGAGUCUAGCGACACAUCUACAAGCUACAUGUCGUCCACAUCUGUCAUCCCAACGUCGUGUCACAUUUCAACAUUUGAUAUACUCCAGUACCAACAGGAGUAUAUGAGCCGUAUAAACGACAUUCCAACUGCUGUGAAGAGAUCAUCGACGCUACCAAUCAAAGUCAAGGUACUGACUGAGGCACAUAAAGAACAACACGACAGAUCAAUAUCUGCUGUAUAGUAUUAAUAGUAAUUUAAUUAGCUCUUUCGCUUAAUCCAUGCUCAUGUAGAGAAAAAUGUAAACGUCGAGGGUUGAACCCGGAACAAAAUCAGCC